AUGCAUGUGCCUGGCCUGACCAGACCUGGAGCAGCUGAGCUCUGCAGCGAUGUGCACCAAUUGACGCCUGAACAAAACGGCCGGACACUUUGCCUGCGCUGCGAUUUGUCCAGCGGCAGAAUUAUGGUCUCAGUCAGCCCACAACAUGGCGUUUCAGCAGCCAGCAGCCAGAACAAACGCCAGAGCCCUGCAGCACCAACAGCGGCGGCAACGUUCAGUUCCAGCGCCAGCCAAGGGGAUGGGGAUAGUGUGGACGUGUCAGACAAACGUGGAGCGGUUCUAGACGAUGUGCGCCGGCGCAUGCAUGUAACCACCAGUCGGGCCAUCAACCACAUCCCUGGUGCGCUGCUGCUUGCUGCAUGUCUCUUCCCGGGAACCCGGCGAGCACUACGGCUUGGUAUUAGCGCUCUCACGAUGCACAGUGCGAGCUUGCUUGCUAGCUUGCUGCAGCAUGUCCCUGGCUGGCUGGUGGAUUACAGUAAAUAG